ACUUACAACGUGAUUUUGUUGCCAAAUUCGUACGAUUAUCACACUAGAACAUUGUCAAAAGCGGUUAAUUGCGAAUUAACUGGUCCCGCAAUAAAACAACGAAAAAAAAGCGUUUUUGUGUCGUUCACCGCGACGAAUCGACCCGACACGUUAUCACAAUUUUUAUCACUGCGAAUUGGGCCUCAAACUCGAGAGAAAUUCAUCGUUUCAUUUACUUCGCCUUAUUUUACACACAAUAAACAAAAUUAUUGUCAAAUAUGAGUGUGAUAUAUUGACUGGAAUUUGACACUGGCGCCACCUCAGAUUUGCACGGAACUACAGAACUACCAGUAGAGGGAGCAGCGAUCGCUCAUUUUUUCUGUCAAAAUUAACACAUAACCUUACUUCAUUUCCAAAAAAAUAAAUAGAUAAUGUGAAAAAAAGACACAAUGGACAACAUUUUUGCGAAACCUCCAGCCUCCACGAGUCAAAUCAUCAAAGCUGACCCCAACUACGAGUCCAUGGACGAAGACGACGACUCCACUGUGGAGACAGUCAAAGUCGAGGAGACCCAGCUCACGUCUGAAAUUCACAUCAAAGACGAAGAAAAUGUGUACCUGGAGUCGGAUAUAAUAAUGCCGGAAGCCCCUCAAAGUAGCAGCGCUCCGGCUAAGAAGAAAGAGGUGAAGACUAGGAAGGAGAUGGAGGAGGAAGAGCGCGAGAAAAUGCAGGUUCUAGUCUCGAAUUUCACCGAGGAUCAGCUGGAUCGAUAUGAGAUGUACAGGAGGUCGGCGUUUCCCAAAGCUGCAAUUAAAAGGCUGAUGCAGACGAUUACAGGGUGUUCUGUUUCCCAGAAUGUGGUCAUUGCUAUGGCUGGGAUUGCCAAGGUCUUUGUUGGAGAGGUUGUGGAGGAAGCUUUGGACGUAAUGGAAGAACAAUCGGAGUCGGGCCCUUUGCAGCCCAAGCACCUGCGGGAAGCCGUCCGGAGGAUGCGCCUCCAGGGGGCCAUCCCCAGCGGAAGAGACUACAGGUCACACUUCCGCCUCUAGACUUACGCUUUGAAUUAUUUUUAGACGUAAUAAACCUUUUUCUAUUUUAA